UGUGAUCCGAAGCGCAGAUCGGUCACAACGGAGAUGGCGGCUGCAGCGAAAACACGAAGCGGUGGAGUUUGUGUCGUUUUACUUGUUUGUGUUUUUACUUCGUGUCAAAGUUGGGUCCACAGAGCAGAGACGUACAAAAGACAGAUUUCGGUGCAGUUGAACCCCAACUCUACCUCACCCCCCCCUGGUGGUGAUCUGCUGCACGUGAGAGCUGUGGGAGAUAACGACACGCUGCACUUCUUGUUCUGCAGCCAGGGGGCGCCAACGCUGCUGCUUGUCCACACCAACUCUUCUUCCUCCACUGUCACGGUGAACUGGCCUGAGUUUUUGGCCCGUAACAAUAGUGGCAGCCUGACGGUGGAGCCACAGAGCAGCAUCCUGUACAGCACCGCCAUCGUCUUCAGUCGGUUGCUGGAGUACAAUGAUGUAAACGACACGGCCGAGGCCACCUCGAAAUUUUUCCCUCCAUACGAGCUGCAGGAUUUCAUCUGGUCCCACCUCCGCUUGUCCGGUCCCGUGGCUUUGCUUUGUGGAGCUAACUCAACUUUUAGCAAUGGAUCACUCUGUCUGAAGUUGUCAGUUUUUGACUCAGAGGGCCGUGCCCAGACGUGGCCCCAGCUCCUUCAUUCAGCUAACUCCUCCCAGGUAGAGGUGUGGCUUGACGGCAUAGUGCCACGAGCAAAUAACUCCAGGUUCCUGUUGGAGCUGCAGGCAGUGGGCGGAGCUUAUCCUUUCAGCAGAGUGGAUGUUCGGCGAUCCAUCGAUGAUGAGUACACACCAACAAUAUUCAAGGUGUCUCAGUGGGUUUCAUCGGCAAAUGGCAGCUCAGACAUCCUUGGUUUUGUCCAGUGGAAGCCAGUGGCAUACCUCCAGUCCCUUCCGGCUCUAGAGAACUCCACAUCAUGCCGCUAUUCUGAUCCAGUUUUGCAGAGUGGGGAAGCAAUAGCUUCUUCAUCUGCUCUGAUCCAAGGCUUCUACUCAGAACCAGAAGCUAUGGGACUGAAUGUGAGCUUCGGCCUCGCAGGAGAUCCAUUUUACAACAACACCAUGUUCCUCAGCUGGGCGGUUCUGGUGGGCAUUGGCUCUCCUCCCGUUGAUUCGUUCUCUCCACUUGUUAUCACCAUCAUGGCAGUGGGUCUGGGUACUCCCAUGGUCCUCCUCUUGCUAGGCGGAGUCUGUGUCUGCCUCCAUAAAAAGAGGAACAGCUCAACGUCGACCUAUGAGCCAAUUAACUGAUAGCUGAGUCCCAGCCAAUGAGACAGCAGAGACUCUUUUAAAUGAUGGACAUGUGAAAUCACUGUGACAUUCUGCCCUAUCAGGAUGCUGGAGAGUGUUUUUUUUUUUUUAUUAUUAUUAUUAUGGUGCAGACAUCAUCUUGAAAGGUCCAUUAUUCUGACUUUCACUUCAGAGAUCAGUGAUUAAUAAGUUAUUAUUAUAACAUAUUGAUAAAUCAGCAGGAAUGUCAAGUAUGGUCAAUUUUAAAAAGGAAGACUUAAAAUAGGACCGGAUGCGAUGCAGCUCAGAACUGAAGGCAUUUGUAAUAGUUUUUAAACUUUUAUAAGUGUUUCAUUGAAUUGAGUUUUAAAACGGCUGUUUUUCUUCUCAGUACUUUGGUUUUGAGUUACUGAAGCUUUAAACCUUUGAUGCACCUCAAAUAUUUAUUUUAAUGUAAGGAACUUUUUUUUCUCAAUCUGCUAAUUGCUUUGGUUUUUAUGAAAAAAAAAAAAAUGUUUUAUUUUUGUUUUACCAGUUGGGGAUAUUCAGCUGCAGAUGACUGCCGUUGGUUCUGUUGCUUCUCUAGCAGCAGGACAGUGUAAAUAAACUAUGGAGUUUUUUGAUGGCGAUGAGGUGUAUAAUUGUUAUAAUUGGUGCCACUAUUGGUUUAAACAUAUCAGAAUCUUUUGACUGGUCUUGGCCAUGGUUGAGCAAUCAUAACGUUAUAUUUUACACAGAUGCUUAUCCGGUUUUUAAACAGAACAAAAGAAAACAACAUAAAAUACCAAGAAGAUAAUGAACAUGAAAAUAAUUGAUCUGAAUAGCAGAUUGGCGUUUUGCAGAGCAGCUCAGUAGCUAAAUGGAACAAAAAGUUUCACCUCAGAAUUUGCAAUGUGUGUUUUAUUUUAGAUACUGGCUUAUUACGUGCUCAUGCCACUUCAGAUUGCUUAAAUAGUUUUCUGUCUUAUUAUAUUUUUUUAUUAUUUAUCAAGGCAUUGAUGGCAGCGAACCUCCAAGCUACUGAGAACAGAGAAAAUCUUUAAGGUUCACUUCUUUUUAUCCCAGUUACUACAAGACAUUCAUCAAAGUUCUAGUGAGUCAUUCCAACACA